CACGCUCCGCGUGACGGCGUCCCCCACGCCCUCGCCGCGCGCUGGCCUCCGCAACGGCCCAGCCAUCGCCUGCCUCCGGUCCGGCCCUCCGCCACGCCCUAACCCUAUCGCAUUUUCCUCCCUCCCCUGAUUCAGCAGCCGCACCAGAGGCGGCGGUGCGGAUCCACGCAAGCCGCACGCGGCACGCUCGGCCCCUUUCUCCCCUCCAGCCCGCGGCUUGCGGCACCGUCAUCGCCGCGCGCUUGUCCACUCCUAGCGGUAGCUCCGCUAUCUGGCUCCGCCGGCGCCCACAGAGUCGGCCCCGCCUCUACCACGCGGACUCCACACUGCAACUGACGCACAUCGCAGCAGCAGAGCAGAACACUCGUCCUCAGAAACUUGCAAUUUGAUAUCUCUACUGCGGAUUCAUGAGUUCAAGCGGUGCUGCCGUUUUGAACGUUGAGCAACUAAGGAGGCGCCAUCACUCAUUAUCGGAAUUGACUUAUGCAAGGGAUGAAGAUGCAAAACUCGAGACCACACGGGCAAGGCUAUCAAACAUCCUCAAAAGGCAUGAAGAUUUGAAAGAUCGCCUUUCGCGGGAUUCUGAUAAGCUGAUUUUUGAGCAUCUUCAGAAAGAAUUUGAGGCUGCUCGAGCUGCUCAAACUGAAGAGAUUUCAAUAGAUGAUGAUGAGUGGAAUGAUGGUUUGCUGGCUACUAUCCGUGAAAAGGUCCAUAUGGAGGCUGACAGGAAGGCCAUGGCUAACCAAGUAAAUGUUCCAGCAGAUCUUCCAUUUCAAUCAAAGACUACAUAUAGGAUUAGAGAUAAGGUUAUCUAUUGCUUGGAUGGAGCAAGAAUUGGCAUACAGUAUGAGACAUUCUUUGCUGGUGAGCCUUGCGAAAUAUUUCAUUGUGUUUUGGUAAGCAAGUCAUUCCUGGAAAAGAUGACUGUGAUUGAGCACACCUUACCAUUCUUUCUGCCCAUACGUGAAUUGGAAAGUGAUCUUCUGUCAUCUAAUGCCAUUAAAUUUAUUGAUCAUCUUGAAGAAAUUUUACAGGCUUAUAUUGACAGGAGAGAGCAGGUCCGUCUUAUCAAGGAGCUCUAUGGAAACCAAAUUGGCGAACUGUUUCACAGUCUUCCUUACAAUUUGAUAGAGUUCGUAUUGGAGGAUUUUGAGUGCAAGGUUACAGUCAGUAUCCGAUAUUCGGAUCUAAUUCUGACCCUGCCAAGUCAGGCAAGGGUCUUGGCUUGGCCACUUCGCUCGUCAAAGAGAAUAUCCACACGAAGCAGCAGCGCGUCAGCUGUGCAGCUGGUACCAUUUCGCCUUUCAUACGCCGAGGAAGCACUCAAGACCUUGUGCCUACCAGAAGCCUACGCGGACAUUGUGCUGGACCUACCCAAUGCUCUGAAGAGGAGCUUUUCCUCUCAGCACAGCGACUGAAUCUUGUGGAGGAUGCUGAUGAGACCUUAAGGUUUCUAGACUACAACAUGGAACAUGUGUUUAAAGAUGUUCGUAAGUGUUAGUAUAGGCUCUGCCGCUCUAGUUUUUGACUGACUUCAAUCCUGUGGAAGCACCAAGACUGCUGCAGAUUGAAGAUGCAAACCCAGAGGAGGACGCAUGGCGUGACGCCUGAAUAUGGGUUGUCAGGAUGUAAAAUCUUUUGCCUGGAGAGAAUGAGAGGGGGUCUGCAGUAUCUUGCAUGUUAAAACUUUGUAGGUGCCUUCCGUGCAUGACUUGUAACUGGGGGCGUUGGUUUUCCUUCUGUGCGAGGUCGUUUGCCUAGGUACCCAGAUUCUGAAAUUUCCGUUCAAAACUUCAUGGAAAUGGGGGGUGGCCUCGAUUCAAAAGGAAGUUCCUGUGUAAGCAAGGCAGGCGCGUUUACCCCUUAUAAACCGCUCAAAAUAUUCCAGCUACUAUAAAAGCCUAGCAAGAAGAUACUGUAGUCAA